AUGCACCACAUCAAAGAAUCGACAGAAGGGGUGCUGAAGCCUCGCACGCAUCGCAUCCUCGUGCUCGAAGGCGAUUACAGUGGGCCCGAAGUCAUGGCUGAAGGACUCAAAAUCCUGACGGUGGUACAGGAGUAUUGCUCCAAUACUGUGCACUUCGAGCUCGAGCAUGAGCUAAUCGGUGGAGCUUCAUUCGACGCGGUCGGCGAGAAUGUUAGCGCACAAGUCUUGACCCAGGCGGCGGAGGCUUCGGCGGUGCUGCUCGGCGCCGUGGGUGGCCCGAAAUGGAUGGACCAUCCUGUGCCCGUGGAGAUGGGCCUUGGGAGGCUGCGGAGGAGCAUGCAAGCCUUUGCGAAUGUCCGACCCAUCCGGCUGACCUCGCCUGUGCUCGCAGAGUGCUCAUCGCUCAAGACCGAUGUGUGCACGGGGACUGAUGUGGUGGUGGUGCGCGAGCUGACCGGUGGUAUGUACUUUGGCCGCAAGGAGGAAGCCUUCGACAACAACGGGCUGCGUGCGUCCGAUGUGGACGAGUACACUCGCGCCGAGAUUGAGCGUGUGGUCCGAAUGGCAGGCACGAUGGCCUCGACUCACUCCCCGGCCUUGCAAGUCACCAGCGUCGACAAGGCUAAUGCGCUUGCUUGCUGUGGUCGUUUCUGGCGCUCCGUCGCUUCGGACGUAUUGGCGCGCGAGUUCCCGGCGGUGCCCGUGCAGCACAUGCUCGUCGAUAGCGCAGCCAUGGUACUGGCCAUGACUCCGCGCCGUCUGAAUGGAGUGGUUGUGACGAGCAACAUGUUUGGCGAUAUCCUGAGCGACGUAGCCAGCGCCGUACCCGGCAGCAUUGGCUUACUUCCCAGCGCCAGUCUAUGCGAUAUUCCACGAGGCGACCAUACGCCAGUGCGUGGCUUGUACGAGCCUAUCCACGGAUCGGCGCCAGACUUAGCGGGCAAGGGCAUUGUCAACCCUCUGGGUAUGAUUCUCAGCGUGGCUAUGAUGUGUCGAUACUCGCUCGCUUUGCCUCGCGUAGCCGACGACAUCGAGACUGCUGUCGGGAGUGUGCUCGAUCGUCGCAUCUUGACUGCCGAUCUCGGCGGCACUACGUCGACAAGUCGAAUGGGCGACGCUGUUGCCGCGGCGCUAAGGGAGGUGUGGUCAACGACUUGA